CCCGCACGCUCACACGCGCACCGCAUCGUGCGGGUUUGCAGGAUGCGAUCCCCCAACUUUGAGCGCUUAAACUCCGUGUACGUGCGCAGUUGGCUAGCAUAGGCUUGCACACUGGCUUACGCCAUCGACGUGGUGCCCGGUGUCCUGCAGCCGCAACCUGUAUAGCGACCAGCGACCUCAAUCACAGCACGUACGCACAACUCCAAGCACAGGAUGCAACUGCUCGUAGCGCUGGCGACGGGCGCCGCAGCCCUCGUCGCGCCGACGCAGCGCGCGCUGCCGAAGACCGUGCGCCAGUUUAAUUUUGGCGACUUCGGCAAAUCUAAAGAUUACGCGUCGGCACAAGAAAAAAUCCGGUCGUACGACACCACAAAAACCGUAGAAACGGCCAAGUACGGCAAGCGCGCCAUCCGCGCGACGCAGCUCAACGGCCAGAACGUCCUGAAUCCGGAGCCGGCCUGCGCGGCGUUCAUCGCCUUCGCGGCGUUCGAGUGCUACCUCUCGGCGCAAGCCUGUGCGCUCGCGGCGUCCCGCUUCACGCCAUCGACGCGCGUCGUCUCCAGGAAUGGUGAACGUGGGUGGUUUCUUUUUUCGAUUCUGAGGCUCCGCGCAGGCGCGGGCAAGUCUUCCGGAGAUAUUUGUCCGAUAUCAACAAUCAGGGACUGGAACCCCGAUUUGGUGACGGGUGGUGUCUUCCUCUUCGUCUGUGCUGUUUGGUUGAACUGGUACGGCACGUUCCGGCGACUGGCGAUUGAUGAACGAGGCAUCGAGGUCGUAUCGUGCUCAUCACCUCGAAGGGACCCCCAAGAACAAGAUAUCGAACCAGUCCCGAAGUCCUGGGCCUGGGGCGGCCCCGACCGCGUCGAGUUCAAAGAUGUGGAUGAUUGGGCCAUAUUACCUGUGGUACCCGUCUUGUAUGUGCGAGAGGUCGCGCGGACGGCUUCCGGCUCCACGAGACAAGUGCCCUACUUCUACGCUCCGUCGUUUGACACGAAGACCGUAGAGCAGCUUUUUGAGUCCUAUGGCGUGCCUCAGGCCGACCCCGAGGAUAGCGUACUAGGCAAAGGCAGCCAGUACGGCGCCGCCGGCGUUUUAUCGUAUAUUGCCUGGGAGUGGGCCUUCUGGAUCGGUAGCUUUGGCAUCGCUGCUCUCUUAUUUAAUUUAUAUGAGGGGCAUUUACCGGAUUUGAGGUUCGCGGCUUCGCUCGAUUUCAAUCUGCCUUUGAACCACAUCGACUUACUACAAACGAAGAGCGGCAUGGUCUCCAUUGACUUACCGUCCUUUCCCUUGCAAUUUACGGCUACGAAUGGCGCCGACUUCGCGAACAUUGCCGCGUCGGCUUUUGUUAUUGUCAACCUCGCGCGGCUGAUCCUGCCGCUGCGGCUGGCUUUGGCUUUAGCCACAGCCCCCUUCUUCCAGGAGACGGUCGUCGCGCCGUUCAACCGGUUGACGGGCAAGGCGGAAUAGGUGAUGGGUCUAAGUCUACGUCUCCAAGA